AUGUAUUUUAAAAUAAUUAAAUGUAUUUCAAGAAAUAUUAUUCAAUUAAGAAGAAAGAUGUCAGCUAUCAAUGAUAGUAACUUGGGAAAUGAUAGCACUGCUGGAAGCAGUGGAGGUGUAGGUGAAUGUAGUGGUAGAAUAAGUAAACAUCACUCUGCAAACGUUCUUCAUAGGAUUAGUGGUACACUUGAAAAUAAAAAUAACGAUUAUCUAUGUCCUAUUUGUUUUGAGGUAAUUGAUGAAGCUCAUAUCACACGUUGUGGUCAUACAUUUUGUUAUCGUUGUAUAGUAAAGUCUUUGGAAGCUAAUGGUCGUUGUCCAAAGUGUGGCUACACAUUAACUCAACAAGAUAUUUUUCCGAACUUUCUGUUACAUGAAUUGAUAUCAAAGUAUAAAACUAGAAUUAAAGGUCUUGCUGAAUUAGGGUCUUCAUAUACAGCUGAUGGUAGACAUAAAGUAGCAGGUACAGAUUUAUCAGUACCACCAUAUGAUGGAUUAAGAGAUAUUAUAGCAGCAGAAAGUGCUAAUCUAACUUUACCCGAUGUAAAUGUAAUGUUAGAAGUACUAACACAAAGAAAACAUUUAUUAGAAGCAGAAACAUGUGCAGCACAAAAUAAAUUACUGCAUGAGUUUCUAAAACAUCUAUUGCAGCAAAAAGAAGAACAAAAGAAUCAGCUACAAAAGGAGAUAGCUUUGAUUAAAAGGGAUAUGGAAGAAGUUGAAAAUAUUUUGAGAGAUGUUCAAAAUAAAUGUCCUAAGGUAGAAGAUUUGAAGAAAUCAAGUGAAAAUGAUACCGCACAAGUGUCAGCUAUUAGAAAAGAAAUGAUUGGUCUUAUAGACAUAAUAGAUUCAAACAUGGUAAAACCGAAUGAAAAAGCAAGUGUUGUGGGAAGUGAUACAUUUAUUAAUCCUACAGGAAGUAAAAAUGCUGUUGGAUCUACUUUAGCUGUACGUAGGAAGAGGAUGCAUGCUCAUUUUGAUGAUUUUGUUCAAUGUUAUUUUGACUCUCGUGCUAAGGAACUACACCUCGGGCAUAAAUCUCAAAGUCAAAGUGAUUCAUGGCAAGGCACUAACUCUGGACUUGAUGUUUUUAGAGAAAAUCUUGUCAAGUUUUCAAGAUAUAAAUCAUUAAAUCUAUUAGCGACAUUGAAUUAUUCAUCAGAUAUUUAUAAUAAUUCCACUAUUGUUUCAAGCAUUGAAUUUGAUAAAGAUAACGAAUUCUUUGCAAUAGCUGGAGUUACAAAACGUAUAAAAGUAUUUGAUUAUAGUGCUGUAAUAAGAGACACUGUAGAUAUACAUUAUCCUUGUGUUGAAAUGGUUUCUAGUUCCAAGAUAUCAUGUGUUUCAUGGAAUUCUUUUCACAAAGGAAUGCUAGCAUCAUCUGAUUAUGAAGGAACUGUAACAGUAUGGGAUGCUGCAACUUGUCAAAGAACUAAAACAUUUCAAGAACAUGAAAAGAGAUGUUGGUCCGUUGAUUUUAAUGAUGUAGACACUAAACUUAUUGCAUCAGGGUCAGAUGAUGCUAGAGUUAAAUUAUGGUCUUUAAACAAUGAUCAUUCCGUUGCUUCCUUGGAAGCAAAAGCUAAUGUAUGUUGUGUAAAAUUUAAUCCACGUAGUUCAUGCCAUUUGGCAUUUGGAUCUGCAGAUCAUUGUGUUCAUUAUUAUGAUUUACGUAAUAUGAAAGAAGCACUCUGCAUUUUUAAAGGUCAUCAUAAGGCUGUUUCAUAUGUUAAAUUUAUUAACAAAGAGGAAAUAGUAUCUGCAAGCACUGACUCACAAUUAAAAAUGUGGAAUAUCAAUAAUCCACAUUGUCUGCGUUCAUUUGUUGGACAUGUUAACGAAAAGAAUUUUAUAGGUCUUACUACUGACGGUGAUUAUGUAGCAUGUGGAUCAGAAAAUAAUGCACUUUAUGUAUACUACAAAGGACUUUCAAAACAAUUGUUCUCAUAUAAAUUUGAUACUGUUCGAAGUAUAUUAGAAAUGCAAGAACGAAGAGAAGAAGAUCUGAAUGAAUUUGUAUCUGCAGUGUGCUGGAAACAAAUGUCUAACGUUGUGGUAGCUGCAAAUUCUCAAGGAACUAUUAAAAUAUUAGAACUAGUUUAAAGUUAGUUAUGAGUUCUACAAUCAUUAGUAAAUAUUGAUAUAUAUAUAUUUUGAAAUUUAUUCAAUUAAGUGCUCAGAUACAAACAACAACGAGAUGUGAAAAUUUAUUCUAAAUGUUAUAGUAAUUUGUUGUAAGCAAAAUUAAAAAAGUAAAAUGUCAAAUAUAUU